AUGCCGUUUGGAUUAUGUAACGCCCCUGCAACAUUUCAGAGAUGCAUGAUGUCAAUUUUCGCUGAAUACAUAGACAACAUCAUGGAAGUCUUUAUGGACGACUUCUCUGUGUGUGGGGAGGAUUUCGAAGGAUGCCUUUCAAAUCUAGAAAAAGUAUUGGACAGAUGUGUACAACUUAACCUCGUCCUAAACUGGGAAAAGUGUCACUUUAUGGUUAAACAAGGGAUUGUAAUUGGACAUGUCGUUUCCGAAAGAGGGAUUGAAGUCGAUAAGGCAAAGAUCGAAGUAAUAGAGAACAUCCAAACCCCAAAAACAGUUAGAGAAAUACGGAGUUUCUUAGGACACGCAGGUUUCUACAGAAGAUUGAUAAAGGACUUUUCUAAGAUCUCUAAACCUUUGGCCAGCCUCUUAAUGAAAGACGUAGAAUUUAAUUUCAACGAUGAAUGUUUAGAAGCCUUUGAAAUACUAAAGACAACCCUUAUAUCUACACCCAUAAUGCAACCACCCGAUUGGAGGUUACCGUGUGAAAUUAUGUGUGAUGCAAGUGACUAUGCCGUAGGAGCAGUCUUAGGCCAAAGGAAAGAUAAGAAACUCCACGCAAUAUACUAUGCAAGUAGGACCCUGGACCCUGUGCAAAUGAAUUACGCCACAACCGAAAAGGAACUUUUGGCCGUGGUCUUCGCGUUAGAUAAGUUUUGUUCCUAUCUGAUAGGAGCAAAGAUAAUAGUCUAUACCGACCAUGCAGCCAUUAGGUAUCUACUAGCUAGAGAAGAUGCAAAACCUAGACUAUUAAGGUGGAUCCUACUGUUACAAGAGUUUGAUUUAGAAAUCAAAGAUAAAAAGGGAGUCGAAAACGUAGUAGCUGACCAUUUAUCUAGGAUGGAAGGUAUUAAACCUGAAGAAACACCAAUCAACGAUGAUUUCCCUUAUGAACGCUUAAUAGCACAAUUAGAAUCUGAAAGCAACACAUUGGAACAACCUAAAGCGCAAACCGAAGUCGUUAAGACGCUAAGCACCGGAACCACACUGCCAUGGUAUGCUGAUUUUGUCAAUUACUUAGCAGCGAGAAGAGGCGCUGAUGGGAUAUUCCGCCGAUGUGUUCUGGAAGAAGAAAUAGAGAGUAUAAUACAUCAUUGCCAUGAUUUCCCUUAUGGUGGGCUUGCAAGCACAUCAAAGACGUGCGCAAAGAUUUUACAAUCCGGUCUCUUUUGGCCCAACCUGUGGAAGGAUGUCCACAUCACUGUUAAAAAUUACGACCGCUGUCAACGCACUGGAAACAUAUCUAGGCGAGAUGAGAUGCCUCAAAAAGGAAUUUUAGAAGUAGAAAUCUUUGAUGUAUGGGGAAUUGAUUUUAUGGGACCCUUCCCAUCUUCCUUUGGAAACAACUACAUACUUGUCGCAGUCGAUUACGUGUCUAAAUGGAUAGAAGUUGUCGCCUCACCUACAAACGAUGCACAAGUAGUAAUUAAGCUGUUCAAGAAUAUAAUCUUCCCGAGAUUUGGUGUACCAGGAUUAGUUAUUAGCGAUGGAGGAUCCCACUUCAUAUCCCGAAUUUUCGAAAAACUAUUAGUAAAGACUGUUGCCACAUCUAGGAAGGGUUGGUCAACUAAGUUACACGAAGCAUUAUGGGCAUAUAGAACCGGCUACAAGACACCUACAGGAACCACGUCUUUCAAAUUAGUGUACGAUAAAUCAUGCCAUUUACCGGUAGAACUAGAGCACAAAGCCUACUGGGCCAUAAAGACCUUAAACUUAAGCUACACUGCCGCAGGCAAAAGGAGGCUAUUAGAUAUCAACGAGUUGGAGGAAAUUAGAUUGGAUGACUACGAGAAUGCUAGGAUUUAUAAAUAA